CUCAACUUUUGUGUCCAGCAGCAUGAAGCUUUCCAAAAUCCGACUGUUGUGUUUCCAUUUAGUGCUACAUGAGAAAACUUCCAAUGCGGUUGCUCGAAUUUUUGACGAGUUCUCAUUCAUCGUAUAUAACGACAUGGCCGGACCUUCCAAGGGAAUCCGCUUGAGUUUUCUUGCCCAAGCAGAUCAGAGCAAGUAUGAGAAGAUAUUCACCCAAGCUACAAAAGGAAACGACAUCUUAACAGCAUCUGCAGCCAAAGAGGUUCUAUCUCGUUCGAAUAUUGGCGAUGAGAAUCUUGCUCGCAUUUGGGAUCUAUCAAAUGUUACCAAUGCACCACAACUCACUUUUCCCGAGUUUGCUACUGCUAUGUAUCUCACAUCGAUGAAAAUGACAGGCGCAGAUAUACCUUAUGCUCUGCCCGAAAUUAUUCACAACGAACUUAUCAACGCUGUAAGAUCUAUCCAGUCAGGUAUCAACACUCAAUCAAUGGUACCUCUGGGGCAGCAACAACAGCAGCCAACACCUAACUUUUCCAACAAUAGCAGUUUUAUGUUAUCGUCAUCCAGUUCGCCAUCACAACCUACUAGGCCUUCUUAUGCUUCUAGUAUAAGUAAUGGAAGUAUUUCUAUGCAAGCCACUGGUGUAUCUUCGUUGUCAUCAUCAACAAUCCCAACAGCGACAGCAAGCUUGCCCACCGCUUCCAUGCCCACAGGCAUGCUUGGAAAUAAUUUAGAUUUCUCUAACCGGAUGAUGCCUUACGAGCGUGGCAGUAGUUUUAUGCCAUCUACUGCAAAUUUCCAAACUCUGUCAAAAAGUGUAAAAAUUCCUUGGGCCGUUACAGCGGAAGAAAAGAAACAAUACAAGAAGAUUUUUAAUGCAUGGGAUACAGAAGAUAAAGGAUACAUAACAGGUGAAAAGGCAAAGGAAAUAUUCUCGCAAUCUGGAUUACCGCAGAAUGUGCUUAUGCAAAUAUGGGCACUUGCGGACCCUCAUAAUGCUGGGAAAUUGAAUUUGGAUGAAUUUUCAGUCGCUAUGCAUCUCAUCUAUAGAAAGCUCAAUGGAUAUGAUGUACCGAAGCAUUUGCCUCCUGAGCUAAUACCACCUUCGACUCGUGAUUUGGUAGACAGUGUGAGCCAAUUGAAGCAAUCAAUUUUGGACAAUAUUGCCAAGAAGAAGAAUUUGGCGAAUUUCAGUUCUUCACCUUCUACUUCCUCUGAUAGUCUUUCAAAUAAUGGUAACGUUCAUAGAGCUUAUAGCAGCAGCAGCAGUUUAAUGAGCGCCGGAUCAUCAAAACAGCGUACAACAAUAGCAACGGGUAGAGAAAAAAGGACAGACGAUGAAGAUGAUAAAGAAGUGGGAUAUGUCUCCAGCGCUCGUCGUAUGGGUCCUGAUCGCAAUCGUGUAAGAGAUGCCGAUGGUAACAUCAUAAGCAACAGCAGUAGUCCAGCAAGCAGCUACGGAUACCGAGGCAAGCAAACACGUAUUCAUGAUUUGCGUAAAGAAAUUGAUGAGAAAAAGAGACGUAUUCAGGAGCUCGAAAAUGAAGCACAGCCUCGUACUCAGACAAAACGUUAUGAUCAACUGUCGGCAUUAGAUAAGAAGGAGAUCGAUACUCUCAAAGAACGUAUUCGGGAAUUACAAAAGGAGAUAUCGAAGAAUGGAGUUGAUGAAGGACAAGGAGAUGAUGCUUGGAGUACUUAUAUUAACAAAACGGCAGAAUUGACCAGUUUAGCAGAACAAGUACGAUUAUUAGAGGAAGAAAUUCGGUUUACGGUUGACCAUACAUUAAAAGGAUUGCUAGCACAAGUGGAUGAGACAGAGAAUGAUCUUUUAGAAAAGAAAAUACAAGCUGCAGAAGCUAUGCACAAAUCCUCAACAGCGAAUAACCAUACCAGUAACAGCAAUGAUUAUGAGCUACCUUUAAAUAUCGUAGGUACCGGACCAAAUGGUGAGAUAACAGAAAGCGAUCGUAUUAAAGCCAAAGCAAAAGCAAUGGUGGCAGCACGUAUGAAUAAACUUACUGGUAAAGGUUCAAAUGGAGGACCAACACAGACAUCAUCAUUAACUAAAUUCACAGCAGAAGUUGAUAAAUAUAAAUCUGAGAGAGAGGAGUUCAAAAUAUAUAUCGAUUCAAUUACUGACAGCUUAACUGAGGUCAAAGACGCUUUACAAGCAAUACAUUCAGAGAUCAGUAUGAUUGGAUUAGAUAUUAGAAAGGAAGGUUACGAUCAGAAGAAAAUAGUGGAAAAAGGUAGAUUUGAACAUGGUGAAAAUGUCGCUAAGGAUUUAAAGGAAUUCGUUCAGCAGUUGAAAUAUGAUGCAUCUCUGGCUAAACAGCCAGAAGUAGAUCCGACCUUUGAAUCAAGGUUCCCUUCAUUUGCCUAAUAAAAAUGCUAAUUCCAAAUUUAUGUUGCAUUCA